UCCCAACGCUCACCAAGAUAUGACAAGAUAUCAUCAACCAAUCGAACCAUAACAUUUAGGUGAAUUGGAUAUCUACAUGUUCUGCAUUUUAUCCCUACACAGGCGCUAGCAACUACCCAAUUGAACCUCAAACAAACUAACACCCGCGUGGAGAAAACCGCACACGCGUUGCCCCAUUCUAAGUCCGGAAGCCAUUGAAGGAGAAAAAAGAUCCAACCACCUGAGCGCCCGAAUUUUCUCAUCCAAAGCGACCAUACGCCCAUGGAAUAUGCCACAUGAGGCCCAAGCAAACACUUCAAUGACAAGGGCAUUCAAGAAAUCAAUUUGAAUAAUUGCUUGGAAAGGCCGACGAUAGGAAGUGGAAUAUCAUAUUAUUUUUUAUAUCUACCUUCCCAUGGCUUCCUCUGCUGCCCGCCAUGUUGCGAAUCUCAAACAAGUUCAUAUUAAAAUGGUGCCGAGUCCUCGCACGCUCGCAGAGUCGCAAUUGGUCCUUGCGGCGAUACGGAAGUUUGGAGAGGUGUCGUAUUUCUUAAAUUUGAAGAAUACCCCGUCCAGAGACGCCAAAAAUACCGGGCGUUCGGCUCUGGCAAUUUUCGAGGAUCCUCAAGCCAGGAAUGCUGCUUUGGAAGCUUCGCCAGUUGUCGUUCCUAUCCCCAGCCUAUCCACGCUCUUCCCAUCAUCUUUUCCCCGCGAUUCUGACGGGGACCAAUAUCCAACAAAAAGCUCCCUAGCGAAACCGCGCAUCAAAGCUAAAACCAAAGAAGCCAGAAUGAACAAAGCCAGAGAAAAGGAAAAGGAACAAAUCAGUACCAGUGAUGUUAAUCAGCCUCAACCAUCAAUUCUCUGCUAUAUCGAGCCGUCGUACCACGACCACGGUGUCGCCGUCAAGCAGAAUCCAUACCAUAACACUUUCCUUAUCACGUCUAACUCCGUCGAGGUUCAGGAUCUUUUGCAGACGGCAAAUGGGCGAAAUGCCCGCGGCCGUUAUAAAAGAGGCGCACAUUCCCGAAGGCGAACUACACUAUUCUGGGUUGGAUAUGUUGAUUGCUUUCCAAAGAAAAAACGCCCCGUUCCAUUUCGUCAUCAGAUCAACGCUAUGCGGUUUGCCGAGUCUUUGCAUGGCGAUUCACUUAUGCGGUUGUGGCGGGAAGGUCGGGAGAUUGCGGAAAAAGAGAAGCUUGCGUCAGUGGCCUCAGAGAAGGUGAAGGAAGAAGCACAGGAAAGCCCAAGCCUAAGCCGGAUCAAUAGCAGUAACGAGAACAGGAGCCAAAGACAUGGGAGGAAAAUUGUGGGCAGCAGAGCAAGAUCACCAUAGCCAAACACUAAGGAGGUUGGAGAAGAGCGAGGGAUUGGCCCCUGGCUUUUUGACUGAAACAGCAGGGGCCCGGUCAAGGUUAUUCUCCUAAGCAUUACGGUCAAAAUAUGAUGUCCGUCUCGCCAAAACCCGGAAAUAGUUACCUCUCCGCCUUUGAUGACACUUAGACCAUACAUGGUUCGAGAAUUUUUUUUCGUCUCUGGAAUGCCCCUACUUAUUUUGACAGCCCCCCACCACCCUGAAUGUCAAAAUACAAACGCAGCCAACCAGGCCCCAAGCGGCAGCUCGACGAAAGUGUACUACUGGGCCAGGAAAUCACUUGGCCAAUACCUACCUACCCGCGCAUCAAAUUUGUCAUAUGUCAUUCUGGGUACGUUUGCCGUAUGUCAGGAAUCGGGCGGAGGAGGCCUCUGCAUUUAAGCGCUGUGUGGGCAGGUAUAAUAAUAUACUUUUCAUUUAAGGCGCUGCGUGCUUUGCAGAUAUAGAGGACAAGAAUUUGAAAGAGAGAGAAAAUGUGGGGUUCUGCGAGUUUUAGGGAAUCAUAUUGAAUAGCAAAUCCACAAGAGAGUGCCAAGAUGUAUAUAUGCCCAUGUAAAAUAGUAGCAGUAAUAAUACACGGAUAUUGGUACGGUACAGGACAUGUUCUAGUUACCCAUAUCAUAUUAUAGCAGCAAGGAUCCGCGGACGGAGGAAACCUGAGCAAACGUGUAGACAUACUAGAUACAUUCCUUUCCUUCUUGGCGUUUUUGGGGAGCCAAAAUUUCCGCCCUCUUUCCUGUCUAUCAAAUCUACGGCGUAAUAUAUCUAUCAUAAAGAAAUGCAUCAUGACUGAACCAUAGCUCAAGACAACUUUUAAGAUAGUACCC